AUGAUAAAAUUUGGCGGUGUCCUGGAGGAUGGCCAACCCGUUCAAAGGCAUCAACGCACAAAAUACAUAAUUUCUAGUGUAUCCACUAAUGAUAAUGCCCCCUUAUCACUGAAUGGAAGAGGCGACCUGAUACCAAUUGACUGGGAAGGUCGAUUGGUCAGGGAAAGUGUUCCUGUCAAUGAGUUAGGAAAACAACUAUUGAAAGCAUCAGCAGAGGGAGAUGUAGACAAUAUCAAACAUUUAUUGGUCAAAGGGGCCCCCUUCACAGCUGACUGGUUAGGUACUAGUCCACUGCAUUUAGCUGCUCAGAAUAACCACCUAGAAAUCACAGAAAUACUACUGAGAGCUGGAAUAUCUAAAGAUGCUCGUACCAAAGUUGAUAGGACACCUUUGCAUAUGGCAGCAUAUGAGGGACACUUGGACAUAGUUGAAACACUACUAAAACAUGGAGCUGACAUAGAUAGCAAAGACCUGUUGGGUAUGACACCUCUCCAUUGGGCUGUUCAAAAUGGUCACUUAGAAAUUGUAGCACACCUCAUAAGACAUGGAGCUUCCAUCAACAAAGUCAACAAAUUUGAUUUGUUGCCAGCUGAUAUAGCCCAACAAAUUCAUAGGACUGACAUUGAAACUUUCAUAACAGAUAGUAAUAUUGAAAAUACAGAAGCUGCUACUCAAAAUUUGGUCAUACAAUUAGCUGCUGAAGAUGAUAUGAAUAAUUCUGGUGGUAUGCAAGUCUUAAAUGAUGAUAUGGAAUUAGAUGAUCCUAUUGAUUCUUCUGUUAUUAGGUCUUAUAAAAUGGAAGGACCUAUUGUUAUUGAUGAUGAUGAUACAAUAGAAUCUAUCAACAAUGAAAAUACACACUGUGACAUAGAAGAUGAUGAGAGUCAAGAAACAAUCCAGAAAGCAAAUGAAAGUCUGAUACAAAAUGUAACCGUUGACCAUUCUAACUUGACAGAUUCUUUGAAAUUGCUCCAUGAACAUGGUAUCAUGUUGCAGAACAAAGAAUGUGAUAAUAAUAAUAUUCUAAAUAGUGUUAUGGAAAGUGGACAUUCUGUUGUACUUACAGAUGUAGGUAAAGAAGUUCUGAAUUCCGUCAAACAAUCAGAGCAAACGUUCGUGCAUCAGCAAUCUCAGCCUCUGGAACAACCGUCGACCAUUAGAAUGGAAAAGAAAAUAGUGACUUUGACGCCCGAACAAUUUUUGGCCAUCACGCAAAGCAGGAACGACCUCAGGCAAUGGAAGAUACCAGCAAAGGGCCAGCUGAAGAGGGUGGUUAUGAAGAAGAACAAAACUAUUCCUAUACCAACAGUGGCGCCGGUUCAUAUGCAGCCACAGAUAAAGUCACAGAUUGUGAUGAAUAGUACUGAUAAAUUCAGCCGAUCUGAUGUAGAUCAGAUCAUAAGACAACUUCUGGAAGCUCGAAAGACCAUAGAAGAGUACAAGAUAAAGCUGAAAAAGAAAGAGCAGGAGGCGGAGAAUUACAAAAUGCAACUCAAAUUGCUCAUGGACUCUAGUUAG